UAGUUUCCAUUUACUUGUGAAACUAAAAUUGUAGUUUCACGAAAAUGUGAAACUAUAACCGUGAAAUCGAUACUUCUGUUUCAGGAGACCACCAGUUACUGUUCCGGUUUCCGGACGCUCACAAAACACAGAAGCGAGAACAAAACUUUUCACACAGAAGCGAGAACAAAAUUGACAUAGCAACACAGGAAGCGAGAACAAACUUGGACUCGACUCUCACCUCUCACAAAACACACAAAUCUCCACUCAACACACAUCAAGCGACAAUUUCAUUCAGAAAGAUCACCAAAUCAUGAAACUUUUCUUCCUCAGCUUGUUUGUUGCCUUUCUCACCUCUGGAAAUGUGGCAACUGCCAAUGAGCAGCUCCGAGGGACUGCUGCCCGAGAACUCUUGUCUGCAGUUACUGCAAUCGAACCUAUUGUGGAUGUCAUCCCAAUCCCAUCCCCCGUUCUGCCGCCACUUGACGCAGCAGUAGCAGCUCCUGUGGUGGUAGAUGUCAUCACUGCGCCUCCCACAAGCGCCCCAACCGGUUCACCAUCAGAAGCUCCAACAGUGACUCCACCUUGCGACGGUCCUGCUGAUGGGGAACCCUUCCUGAUGAAGACUGAUGGCCGUUGGGUUCGUAUGAAAGGAAGCGGUUCUGACUACCAAGUUAAGACUUUCAACGAUGGACCUAGCCAAGGUGGGAAAGGAUAUGUGUUCCAGAUGGAUCCUAGAUACAACCCAUCAAGGCCGCAAAUGGUUCUUAAUGUCCCAGAUCGCAACAAGUAUGCAGAGAUCUGGACUUCUAAUUUGGUUAAAGGUGAGGGAGACCCCAACCAACUUGUGAAGUUCCUUCCGUAUGAUGCUUCUGUUUGCAAUCAGUACUUCAAAAUGAAGAUCAAUGGCAGUUGGAUUCGAACAAACGAUAAUAACAAGUUGAGAAUCACUGGUGAAGAAGAAAAUGCAGCAAGUUUUGAGAUCAUUCCUUGCUCAGAGACUUCCCUUUGCUAAAGGCGCCAUCAUGGAGGACAGAGAAAAGUAUCAGAUUGAAAUGCAACAACAUUAACGACAUCAACAGUAUGGAAAUGCAGGUAGGUAAAAAGAGGAGACACAAAGCAAACGACACUGCCGCCGAGAAACCAGAAAUAACUAGAAGAUAAGUCGAUAGUAGACCGACCAAUUCAGAGAAAAA